AAAAUCAGUUUAUAAGAAGAUGAAUUGUAGAAAUAUGCGGGCAAGCUUGCUAGCCCCAAAAUGUGUACAACUUCAAAGUUGCUCAACUGUUGCACAGGGGAUCAACUACUGCAUUUGAAGACACUGCCACCUGCUGACAUGUGCCUCAAAUGUGAUUAUCAAAGAGUCCUCAACAGCCAUUUGAGUUAGACAGCUACAUAGAUUUGAUUUGACAGUUAUAAAUUACAUCCAGGGGGAAGAUACCACCAGUCCGGUCCCUUACACGCCUUUCUUGUGACGUAUUAUGCGCGGCCAUAAAACGGUGACCUAUUGUGACGUAACCAAGCAUCAAUUCGCUACAUGAACUGUGUUCAGCUUUGAUAUCAACAGUACAAUCUCUUUCUUCAAUCAGGUUGUUUCAGCUAAUCUUUUGCCGCAUAGUCUGCCCUAGCUGACGCUGUGCAGAGAAUACUAAGAUUGGAAACGGUUGGUUAGACCCGUUCGCACUGCACAAGGUGAUUUGGAGUUUAGAAUGUCUGGUAGGCUCUUACAUUCUUUGCGGAGGUCCCAAAUGGCACCCUGUAGUGUAGUACUUUUGACCUGUGCCCAGUAGGCUCAGAUCAAAAUAAGUGCACAAGUCAAAGUAGGUGCGCUAUAUAGGGAAUGGCGUGCCAUUUGUCUGUGUGUGUGUUAGGAUAUGUUUUGUGCCAAUCAAUUGAUGAAAAUGUAUCCCUCAGAAAACAAAAUGGAUCGUAGUGAUGAGAGAAUCAGAAGAGCUUUAAGGCGCCGCCCUUAUGUGUUGAAUCCAGUGAGGGUGAACUCCCCUGAUUCUGUGAUGUGGCCAACCGGUAAGGUGCACAGAAGACCAAGGCCUUCUACUUCAGCGCAGACCCCUCAGAUCCACAAAAGGCCUCCAAUCAUUGAGAACUGUGGGCAGGAACAGACAUCUGGGGAUGGACGGGACAUGAAUUCAGAGCCUCUCAGCCAGUCUGGAAGGGUGACUCGGCUGAUGGAGAGAAAUUAUGAUGGGGUGAUCUCAUCCUCCAACUCUGAUGACAUCUCUAUAUACUCCUUCACUGACUGUGAAUCUGAGUCUGAUGAGGAUCAUGAAAGGAGGACACCACCGCUGAUAGUGAAGGAUAAGGAGGAUGGAAAGGUGACAAAGUUUGAAGUGAGGGAAAUGGUAGAGGACGACAAUCUGUCUCUCCACUCCUUGGAUGAUUCAGACUUUCUGAAUAUUGUGGCCAAGCCCAACAUCCUUCUCCCUGCCUCUGUGAGUGCCCUGAAGAAGGCAUCGCACCUGAUCGAGUUGGUCCCUACUGUCCAGCCCUGCAGGGAGCAGCUGGACAAGAAGACACAGUGGACCAACACCAACGAGGAGAGCCUGAGGAGGAUCAAAAAAAAAAACUGGCCUCCAUAGAGCUCGACCUGGAGGAAGGCCUGAACAAGGUCAACGACGGUCAGGACAUCAACCAAGAGAGGCAGAAGAAUGAGGGAUGCUUCAGAGCCUGGAUUGAGAAGUGGAUGGGGAGGAGGAAGGAGGAAAGACUGAGGGAUGAAGAUGUGAAUAGGCAAGACAAAGGGAGGAUGGGCGAGGAAGUGAGGGCACUGAUCCAAGUGAUGAAGAGAAACUGCAGUGAAAGUGAUCUUGAGGCAGUAAACCUGGACAGUUGGCUGAAUGACUUGGAAAGGUUGAAAGUGGCCUUCAAGAAAUGCACUGGAGAGAUGGCCGAAAUGGUAGAGAGCAUGGCAGAAAUGCAGACCAGAAUAGCUGAGAGCAGGCUCCUCAAGCCUGAAAAAAAUAACUAUGUCCAGAGCUUUGUAAAUGAAUCUUACUUAUUGAGUGUAGUCAUGUAUCUAAUGUAUUUAUAGAUUAGUCAUACAGUAUAUCUACAGAUUUUGUAUAACAUAGCACUGUCCUAACAGUUUGUUUGUUGUUUCUGGUCAUACA